GUAAGGCGUUGCUGUUUGAGUCAACAAACUCUGAUUCAUCUGUAAUAUUUUAUAAUCCUUAAACGCGUUUAUCCCAACAUUAAUCCCAUCAGGCGGCAGCUAGCAUUCUUCAAAUUCAUAUUCUCCAAUCCGCAAAUUGUUUCGUCUGAACUUUCACCAUGAAUCAGUUCCUUUUGUGCUUCCUCUCACUCAAUCUUUUCACUUUACACAUAACUGCUCAACAAAACUACUCAGGGAAUUCAGCGUUGGGUUGCAGUAACAACGAUGAAUCAGGUCCUUCUCCAGCGUUUCUUUACACUUGCAAUGGCCAAGAGCGACAUUGCCAGGCCUUUCUUAUCUACAAGUCUCAACCUCCUUUUAACACAGUUCCCAGCAUUUCAGCUCUGACAUCUUCGAACCCGGCAGAGCUUGCUACCAUCAAUACUGUAACAGAGCAUGCGGAGUUCCCAACUAGUAAAGAGGUAAUCAUUCCUGUAAAUUGCUCUUGUUUAGGCCAGUAUUAUCUGGCAAACACCAAGUUUCGCAUUUCAAGCAUUUACGGCACCUAUCAUACUAUAGGAACCAUGGCAUACCAGGGAUUGUCCACAUGUAGGUCCCUUAAACGUGCAAACCCACUUAGUGAAUACAAAUUGGUUCCUGGAAUUGAAUUGAAAGUUCCACUUCGAUGUGCUUGUCCAACAAGGUAUCAGAUUAAGAGUGGAACAAAGUAUCUGCUGACUUACUCUAUUAGCUUGGGGGAUAAUAUUCCAGAUAUAAGUGAUAGGUUCAAUGUGAGCAAAAAGAGCAUUAAUGAUGCAAAUGGUUUGGAAGAAAAACAAACUAUUUUCCCUUCCACGACAAUCCUAAUUCCUUUGCCAACGAAACCUUCAAGUUCACAAACCAUAAUUCACAAGGACCAACUGCAUGAUUCACCUCCAAUUGUAAAACAUCCUGAAAGCCAUAGAUCAAAGAGGAAAUUGUAUGAGUGGCUUGUAAUCGCAGCAGCUUGUUCUAUGCUGGUUCUUAUCAUCAUUCUGUUCACAAUCUUUGUGUUUAAUAAGAGAAAGGAUGGAGUUCCUCGGAGUGGCCAUGAAAGAACGAAGAUCAAACAUGUAUUGUCAGAAGACCUCCGAGUUGAAAUUGCAAGCUUUGACCAAGGCUUGAGAGUGUUUACAUUUGAGGAGAUAAAGAAAGCCACACAAAAUUUCAGUUCCAAGAACAGAAUAAGCGGUUCUGUUUACCGCGGUGGUUUUGGUGGGAAGAUCCUGGCUGUGAAAAGAAUGAGACUAGAUGUAUCCAAGGAGGUACAACUGCUGAAGAAUAUCAAUCAUUUCAAUUUGAUAAAGCUUCAAGGUGUCUGUGAAAAUGGUGGCUCUUUCUAUCUUGUUUUUGAAUAUAUGAAAGAAGGGUCUCUAAGGGAUUGGCUUUGCAAUCAAAGCCCCGAUGAGAUUGGGAGCUGGACGAAGAGGAUUCAGAUUGCUUUGGAUGUUGCUUAUGGACUUCACUAUCUUCACAGUUUUACCAAACCAGCCUAUGUGCACGGCGACAUCAAGAGCAGCAAUGUUCUGCUAAACAGUGGUCUAAGGGCCAAAAUUACAAACUUCAGCCUUGCGAGAGCGGUGGUCAACGAAACAAGCAGCGUUGCUCAGACAGCACGUGUUGUUGGGACCAGAGGUUAUAUGGCACCUGAGUAUAUACAGACAGGUCAGGUUACUUCUAAGAUUGAUGUCUAUGCUUUUGGAGUUGUGCUGUUGGAACUGAUUACUGGCAAAGAUGCCAUCAUUACACAAGAUAGAAGAGAAAUAUUGCUGUCAGCAACAGUUGUUUCCAUGAUGGAAAAAGACAAUGCAGAAGCUGAGCUCGAUUCCCUUACCGAUCCUAGGCUAAAAUCUGAUAAUCGGACAGAAGUUGCACUUCGGAUGGCUCAAUUAAGUGUAGCCUGCUUGACAGAAGAACCAACAAAGAGACCAAGCAUGGAGGAUGUAGUGUCAGUUCUGUCCAAAAUUCGGGCAGACCUACUUACAUAGCAGCCGUUGUAAGGUUAUUUUACUAUAUAGGAUACAGUCCUGUUCUGUAAAUUCUGAUAAAUGUUAGAAGUCAAGCCAACUGUUGAGUGGAACUUACUUUAGAAAAAUUAAUUCCUCUGAAACAAGCAAUAAAAAGAUGUCAUAUUGUGAUUUUGAUUA